GACAGUCGCUUUAACGUGUUAGUAAGUUUUCCGUACAGGUUUGUCAGUUCAAGGGAUUUUAAAACACAAUAUUACACUUUCCCAGGAGGAGACAUUUAAACGUUUUCAAUAAAUAGAAUUUAUUGGGAAUUUGUUUUUCACGUUCGGAUGUUUCACCUUUGGAUGUGCCGCGUAUACCUGUGUAUAUGAGAUAUAUACACUUAUCACCUGUAUACACAUAUACCUGUAUGUUUACCUUUCUUGCUUCGUGACCUGGAAAACACAGUCAUGCAGAGAGGAAAAUUGUGCUCCUUUACUCGUGGACGAGAGACUCGAUUUGUGUAGUAGUGUCACGAUAGACCGAGAGAGGGACAGUCCCUAGAAAACGCUUGUGUUGUGUGUACAAAAAAUCAACAAGGAAAUUUGGUACAGAAUUAAUCACAAAUAAGGAUUGUUAUUAUUGAAAUCGGUUAUUCUGUGACUUUGAUGUCGGCAUAUUGCUAGAAUGACCGUUCACGGACAGCGGUCAAGUUCUUCGGACGCGCAUAUGCCAUCAGCAUUUCAGACGAGCAGCCCUCCCAAUGGAUUUGAUGUUAGCCCUGUGGUUUACCCUACUGCCAAGAUGAAUCGCUCCUGGAAUGGACUUGUGUUUCAGGUGUCGCCUCUGCCGAACGGUAGAGUUCCAAAUGGAUAUAUAUCUGAUGGGGAAACUCAUAAACGGGAUAUACCAAGAAGUAUUUCCGACCCGUCAGAAAAUGGCCGGAAAUAUCCCAUGUUGGAAAAUUCAAGGUAUUACUCAACUUUGAGCCGAGCACCGCUUACUAAUGGGUAUCGUGUAUCUGAUGGAAAUCGCAGAGAACUUCCAAGAAGUAUAUCUUACCAGGAAAAUUAUCAUGGAAAUAUUCCGGUGCCGGAUCUUUCCCGGAACUCCCCAAGUUUGAGUAAUUCUUAUUCCUCAGGUCAGUAUCAUUCCCAGUGCGGACUGAAUGAGUCCGGAAGCCUCAACUCGUCAAAGUAUCUGGAAAGUGAGGAAGAGCCGGAGUAUGUUACAUUGGACAACAGCUAUGUGUUCCCGGCAAGAUCGCCACAAAGUCCCUCAACAUCCCCUUCCAAGUUCAAUCUCAAUUUCCGGAGAAAUCACCUGAACGGGUCCGUUCGUUCGGAAAACAUUCGGAUUAUAAACAACCACGUAGCAGCAGAGCGAGACCGAAUUGUUGGAAUUCAAUUAAAAGAAAAACAAAAAGCUCGUAACAGUUUGAAGAGAAUCGCUGAAAACAUCGGUGCAGCUUUGACGCCAAGAGGAGGGUCAAAGCUUGUGAAAGAUGAAGAUGCUGGGUUGGGGAUGGGUAGGGCGCGGAGUAAAUCUGUGGGAGACCUUAGGGAUUACAAACAUCAAAAUGAUGAUGAUCUGGGUGAAUACUCUUGUUGCUAUAGUGACGAUGAUGAUGGUGACGACUUUGGAUUUCUUAGUUAUCCUUUUGCUUCCUCCUCUCUUUCUCUAGCUAUGAGCAAAAGCAAAUCGCAUUCCCAAACGCACGCGAUUCUACCCAAGAAAUGGCGGAGUAAAACGAGACCACUCCCGGGGGUAGCGACGUGUAUGUGGAGCCCACAGGAAAACUGUACGUGGUGCAGUGUCAGUGGGCGCAGGGUUGUGCUCAAACCUACCUCAUUACUCCAACUGACAGAAAAGGAAAGGCUUGCACUGCAGAAAAUAGCUCUCUCAAAACUGCAGGAUAUGGGAUUGGGAUGUCACGUGACAAUUCCUAAAGAACCUACGGAAACCCGGCGGUCCAAACGGCCAACGUUAUCCUUCGCCAAGGCGCGGAGAGCUCGCUCGGCGAACCUCAGUGCCUUAAUCGACAAGGUCAAGGACAAGGACAAGGACAAUGACCAUAGUCAAGACAACGGGUCCUCGGGGAUGGUGUUUGGUAUCCAUCUAGCUAAAUGUAUAGCCAACGAUGCCGAACUCCUGAAACGUAAGAGUGCAGCUUCCUUAAAAGACCGUUCUGACGACGUCAUUCUACACCGGCGGGGGCCAAGAAAAUCCAGCAGUUCUUCCCACGAUUCCCUGGACAAUCUAGCGGAAAAUGGAACGUCAAGUUUAUCGCCGGCUGUAAACAGAAGGGCGCCAAGUUCCGAUUCCCUGUCUGAAUCCGACUGUAGCCGGAACACCAAUAAUUCUAGUCUUCUGGACGCUUUGUCGCUGUCCACGUCGCGACAAGGGAGUCUACCCACGGAACACACCGAAUACACUUCCGGUUCACCACAAGUGCCACAAAUUGUUAACACGUGUUUUAAACAUAUAGAAACGUAUGGGUUACGGGUUUUAGGAAUUUUUAGAGUGGGAUCAUCGAAGAAACGAGUCAAACAGCUUCGAGAAGAAUUCGAUAGCGGAAAAGAUGUUAAGUUAAACGAAUCGCAUAACCCGCACGAUGUAGGGGCGCUGCUCAAAGAGUACUUCCGGGAUUUACCGGAACCGCUUCUCACACGUGACUUAUACUCAGCUCUCGUUGCAACCAGACGUCUGUCGGCCGUUGAGGAGCAGAUUUUGUCCCUAAAAUAUCUAGUCUAUCUACUUCCGCUUCCAAACAGAGACACACUUUUUGCCCUCCUCAACUUCCUCUCGAACGUGGAUGCUCAUUCAACGGAUUCUGUCGACGAAAACAACGAAACGUUGCCGGGAAACAAGAUGGAUUCACACAAUCUGGCGACGCUGUUUGGGCCGAACAUCCUCCACAAGUGCAAGCCAUCGGAAAAAGAGUUCCUGGUGGAGAGUAUAGAACGUGCGGAGGAGCGCAAGGAGGUUAUCGAUGUGGUCAAGGAGAUGGUCGACAACUACGCGUCUGUAUUUAUGGUAUCUUCCGGUCUGUACGACGAGGUCCUUCGACAGCUAGUGGAGUCGGAUCCGGAAGUAGCGGAUCGCAUAUUUCAGAAGCUCGCCAACGACGCAGGUGUUGACGCUGACCCAGACACAACCUCCAGUAGUUUAUUUGACGACACAGAGUCGAUACCACAUUCACCCUGCAGUGAGGCCGAUAUCCUUAACUCGUCUCAGAGACUGCCAGGAUUGCACCCGCCAUUAAGGACAUCACAAAGUGCCGAGAAUAUGUCUCCGAGAACGAGGCGGAGAUUCUUCUUUUCCAACAACGACAAUGAUAAAACUAGUAGUGAAAACGCAGAAAGAGAGCGACGCCGGUUUAGAUUACGGUUCGAUAGGAGCCCGAGUCCUAGACCGCAACGAACACCGAAAGCAAGCAGCUCGCGAGUACCGAAAGUGAAAGUGUCGGACAGCGCAAGCCCGGAAGUGAUACUCAGGCGGCCUCGUUCUGAGUACGUGGAAAGACCGUCACAUCUAGAGCGACCACAUUCAGAAAACCUUAGCAAUAGCCUUGCCAUUCCAAAGCCGGAUUACGCGCGACAGAAUAGUACGAAUAGCAUAGGGAGUUACGUCAAUACCUCAUCUACGAACAGUCCCGUGGGGUCAGACUCGUCAAAUCAGUGGUUGCUACCCACGCCCCCAGUAUCGGGUUCAAACUCUCCCAAGUCCUUCCGGAAGGUGUCGUCCUCGCAGCAGAGACCUCUUGGAAUGUUAAGUGGGCACGGAUAUAACGUUAGAGAAACGCCGCCGAAAGGUCUGUCUGCGUGGGAGAGAGAAAAAUGGCGGCAAUGGGAAAUAAUGGCGGCGGAGAAUGCGGACGAUUCAUAUGAGAAAGAGACACUUGUGUGAAAAUGGAGUAUGUCGACUUGUGUGCUAUUUAUUAUUCAUAAUUAUAUAUUAUUUGAUAGAUAAUUCGUUGAUUUUAAAAGUUAUUUUACACUGGAGCAUAAUGCUAUCAAUGUGUGUUUUCUCUGUGUAUUACUUGGAGACCAUCGCCUGUUAAACAUGCUUAUCGCAAUACAACCGGGACAACUCAUUGCAACGUUUCAUCCCAAGAUGUGAAUUUUUAAGCAAAAAGACAUUGUGACAUUUUUCAUCACUAUCACACUAAUUAUUUAACCAAGUUCGGUUUUAAUUGACGGAUAGAAAAGUAGAAAAAGCGGUUGUGGCAGACGGAAGGGAGAAAGAAGAGCUUGCUUAUUGAUAUUUCAAUGCAGAAUUCCGUCACAAAGAUGACUAUUUUUAUCCAUGUAUCUGUGCAAUAUUGUGACGGGAGAUAUUCUAUGUAUAGGGACUGUUAUAUCACUGCUAUUCGACUCAACAAAGCAUGCACAAUCAUGGUCCAGGUACCUGCCACACUGGGUCUGUGACACGGCAAGCCAUGACCGACAAUCUUAGCGUCUACAUACUAGGCUGCUAUGUGUCGAAACCAGUUCAAAUUCAGAACUACGUUUUUACUAAAGGAAUGAGUCAAUAAAGUGAAACUGAAAUUUACUUUUUUGUUUUACUGGAGAAAUGAGUCAAUGUGUUGGUAUGUAUUUUAUCUAGAUGAUAAUUUCUUACGAUUUUAUAUAAUUCAUGCAAAACAUUUUUUUUGUAUUGUCUGUUCCAAUUGAUAUUAAACGUUACUGAUGGGAUUCUACUUAUUUAAAUUUUCAAAUUUUAUACAUGAAGAAUGACUAGUUUUUUGUUGUCUGAAUAAUAGUGUAAUUUGCAUGAAAUUGACAUUUAAAAUGUAAUUAAAACUAGUUGAAAGAAAACCUUGAUAUCACCAUGACGCGAGCUUUAAAACAUCAACAUUAUUAUGUUUUAAUUUCAAUUGAAUUUUAUUUGAAUUGAUAUAUAUAAAGUAUCAAUACCUGUAUCUUUUGAUUUUGCAAGCUAUGUUUCUAAAAUUUUAAACAAACUCAUUGUUAUUGUGAGAAAAAGAAAUGUGUUCUUCUUUCUGAGAUAUGGUCUUGAAAUAGUUUUACAUAAUCUUAGAAAUAUUUUAAAUUUACACAAUAUAUUCAACAAGUGAUUUAGCCAACAUUAAAUCAUCUUGAAAAAAUCGGAAGUUCUAAUUUGAAUUUGGUUCGAUACGUUGUAGCAAAGUUUAACCAUGGCUGAUCGUGUGUCAAGUACGAUAUUCUUUGUCAGUCAAGUCACGCCAUCCUUGAAUCUCAAGAGAGCGAGAGCUCUUUUGGAUCACGUGACCUUGGCUAGCGAAAAUGAAGUCAUGUUUUGAUAUUAUUAUGUAUAAACAUUCUCAAAAGUGCUGUAGAGAUGGAUAUUUUAUACAACUAUUAUUCAAAAAGGCAUUUUGGAGAUCCUUGGAAAUGUCUGUAAGUAUUGAUGGUUUCAUCCUUUUGUUCUGUUGAGACCGACUCACUAUUGCAAUAUAAAGGAUGGCUUGUCUUAUUUAUCAGUUGUCUUUAGACAUGGAGACAAUGAAUAUUAAAAAAUCAAAUAAAA